GCUGUCAACCCAAAUGUCAAAUGAAACGUUGCUGUUAAAUGAAAUUACAUUUAUGUUUUGGUUAAUAAUAUUAAAAUGCAUCGAGUUUCGAAAAUUUUUCAUCCAGCCGAUUCAAUGCUGCAAAAAACCAAGAACACCUUUGGAUCCAAAAAUCAAAGCUUGCUGAUUGACUAUGGACUGAUGAAACCACUGGACAAAGGCACCUAUUACUAUUUGCCGAUAUUACAACGAUCGAUCAAUAAAACAAGCGCACUCAUUAAACGAUUUAUGCACAAAAUUGAUGCACAAGAGAUUACCAUACCAAAUUUAACAGCAACCGAAUUUUGGAAAAAGUCAGGACGAUACGAUGACUACCAAUCCGAAUUAUUCCAACUGAAAGAUAGAAACGACAAGAUGUUACUUCUCGGACCGACCUUUGAAGAAGUGAUAACACAUAUGAUGAAAUUUGGUCAAAAUAUCGGUGAGAAACAAAUGCCCAUCCGAUUGUAUCAAAUCGGGAAUAAAUUUCGCGAUGAGAAUGCUCGGUACGGUCUGCUGCGUUGCCGUGAAUUUCUUAUGAAAGAUCUCUACACGUUUGAUAUGGACAAAGAGAGUUCUACACAAACAUACGAAGAAGUCAACGAAAUUUACGAUAAAUUUUUUAAGUUUCUAGGAAUACCAUUUAAAAAAGUUGAAGCCGAUGCUCAACAAAUGGGAGGUAAUUUGUCGCAUGAGUACCACUACUUGACACCAAUUGGCGAGCAAAAACUGCAGGAGUGUUCAGUUUGUAAUGAAACAUCGGUGAACUCAACGGAGACCGGUGACUCAGAGUGUCCAAAGUGUAAAUCGAAUCGCGUGGAAAAAUGUUCGGGGAUUGAGGUCGGUCACACAUUUCUUCUGGGCGAUACGUACACAAAGCGACAAAAGGCGCAUUAUUUGAAAGGCAAUAAACCCGUCCCAAUGCAAAUGGGAUGCUAUGGCAUUGGAGUGACACGUUUAAUAGGUGCUGCCAUUGAAAAAUUAUCAACGGAUUCACAUUUACGGUGGCCAUUUCCGAUAGCACCAUUCUCAGUUUGUAUUGUGCCGCCGGAAAAACGGAGCAAAGCAUUUAAUGCGGCUAGUCAUUAUUUGGACGAAAUACACAAUCAAUUGAAUAGCAUUCCAACGCUACAUGAUUCAAUUUUAGUUGACGAUCGGAUUCGAGUUACAGUUGGCGAUCGAUUUCGAGACGCGAGAAGAUUAGGUAUUCCGUUAGUAGUGAUAAUCGGAAAAAAAGCAAGCGAACCAGAAAAUCCACAGUUUGAAUUGCACUUCAUCCAAGAGGAAAAGGAAUGUUAUCUAUCGUUUAAUGACCUUAUCGCCGAGAUCACCAAGUACACACAAGAAAAACUCAAAGAAGACUAAUUUUCUUUAACCAUUGUUGGGACAUUUUUAUUAGCUAUAUUAACUAGUCGAAAUAUUUUACAUAAAAAUUGUAAA